AUGGUGCAACGUACUUCGAAGAAGAGGAGCUCUCGUAAGAUCUUGGAUGCGUAUCAAAUUGCUCAAAGGGCCGAAAACGGUCAAAAUUCGGACGACUCUGCCAAUGAUGCUUCUGAUGAUGAUCUUGUGGUCAGAGAUGGUGUCAUGGAUGCAAGUAGAUUAGUAGGAAAGAAGAAGAAAACCAAGGGAAGAAAGGGUAAAGAUAGUGAUGAUGAAAUGGAAGAUGAAGAGAUUGACUCGGAUGAAGCUUUAGGGUCGGACGACGACUAUGAUGUCUUGAAUUCCAAGUUUUCUCAGACCAUUAGAGAUAAGAGCAAGAAGCUCAAGGAUAGAGCUAGAGCCAAAAGAAACGGCAAGAAGCAAAUUGAGAGUAGCAGCAGUGAAGAAGAAGAUGACGGCUAUGCGAGUAUAGACGAAUCCCAGUUGGUUGGAUUAUCAGAAGCAUGGGAUAUGGAUGACAAGGACUUGGCUAAAGUAAACAAGGACAGCAAGAAGAACAACGCUGAUGGAGAGAUUGUAUUGAAUGACGACUGGGAAAGCGAAAGUAAUAAUGAAGAUAGUGGUAGUGACAGCGAAGAUGAUAGUGAAAGCGAAGAAGAAGAAGAAGACGAAGACGAAGAUGAAGAAGAAGAUAUCUUUGGUAAUGGUUCAGAUGAAGACGUUGAUCUCAAAUCAACACUUUCCAACAUCCAAUCUAAAUUAACCAAGCCUUCUAAAGAGAGGAAGCGUCUUUUAACUGAAACACAGAAUGAAAACGAGUUCAGCCUCCCAACAAAAGGUGCAAAGUUAUCGUUGAACGAUAUGAUUGCUGGUGUAGAUUCUUCUGUCAACAGCAAUGCAAUUUUGAUAGACAAAGGAGAAAAAGUAAAGUCUCUUGCCACGCCAUUGCCCAAAAGAAUACAGGAACGUCAUGAUAGAAAAGUUGCUUAUGAUAUCACCAAGGAAGAAGUAGGUAAAUGGGAAGACAUUGUUCAACAAAAUAGACAGGCUGAAGUUUUACUGUUUCCAAUGAAUCCAUCAGUCAAACAUAACGACUCUGCACUCACUUUCAAGUCAGAUAAUGUGCCUACUAAUGAAUUAGAAAAGAAAGUCCAUAAUUUGUUGACUGACUCAGCUCUCCUUGACGAUAAGAAGGAAGCUACUUUCGAAGAAAUAGCGACUGCCAAGCUUUCUGUAGAUGACUUGAAGAAAAGAAACAACGAAUUAAGAUUGAUGAGAGAGUUAAUGUUCAGAGAAGAAAAGAGAGCAAAGCGUAUAAAGAAGAUCAAAUCAAAGCAAUAUCAUAAAAUUCAGAAGAAAGAAAGAUUAAGAAAUCAAGAAUUAGUGGAAGGAUCUGACAUGGAAUCGGAUGGUGAAGAACAUGACGCGAAACGUGCACAAGAACGUAUGACAUUGAAGCAUAAAACCCAAUCUCAAUGGGCUAAAAGCAUGAUUAAGAGUGGCUUGUCCAAGGACGCAAGUAAUAGAGGCGAAUUGGAAGAAAUGUUGAGACAAGGUGAAAGGUUAAGAACCAAGCAAUUGGGCCAUGAAGAAGGUGAACAAAGUGAUAAUGGUGUUUCUGACAUUGAAGCUGACUAUGAUAACGAAGAAGAAGACGAACUGGGCAGCCGUAGUAAACUUGGUAAAGGUGUCUUAAAUAUGGAUUUCAUGAAAGAGGCCGAAAGGAGGUCCAAAGCUGAAAACUUGAAAGAGCUUGAAUUUUUGAGACAAGUUGAAGAGAAUGAUGGAAGGGAAUUGUUGGAAGAUGGAAACAAUAACUCUGUAAAUUUAACCAGAAAUCAAGGAAGAAGGGUUUAUACCCCAAGUGUAUCGUCAAUGAAGAAUGAAAUGGAUGAAGUAGAUAGAAGAGCAGUGCAAGAAAUAGAGAUCGAUGAGAGUAAGAGUUUAGGUAAGAGAUUGACAAAGGACCCUAAAAUCGGAAAGUCUUUAAAGAAGGCAGAGGAACUGGAUGAAGUAGCAGAAGCUGACGCAGAUGAAGAUUUCAAUCCAUGGUUGUCGACGGAUUCCAAUACCAAGCAGAAAAAAUCUAACAAGAUCACUUUAGUUGAUCAAUCAUCUACCAAACUUUCCAAAGCAUCGCAGAAGAUCUCCAAACAUUCCAAGAAGCGUACAGGAUCUGCAGUUGACAGUGAAGAUGCAGAAAUCGACCUCAACAAAACAUUGAAAAUAGUAGAUGCAUUUGGAAGUGAUCAAGAAGAAGAAGAAGGAGCAAAUAAUUCUACUUUCAAGCAAAAGGAUUUGAUAAAGGAAGCCUUCGCUGGAGAUGAUGUCAUUCAGGAAUUCGAUGACGAAAAGAGAAGAGUGAUUGUCGACGAAGAUGACAAAGAGGAAGAUCUUACUUUACCAGGUUGGGGUGAUUGGGCCGUUGCAGGAAAGAAGAACAAAAAGAAGAAGGUUGUCAGAAAAAUCGAUGGUGUCGUUCAAAAAGACAAUAGAAAGGACAAGAAUCUCAAGAAUGUCAUUAUCAACGAGAGAGUUAACAAAAAGAACUUGAAGUAUCAAUCUUCUGCAGUACCUUUCCCGUUUGAAUCUAGGGAACAAUACGAGCGUGCAUUGAGAAUGCCUGUGGGUCAAGAAUGGACCAGUAGAGAAACCCAUCAAAAACUCACCAUGCCUAGAGUAAUCACUAAACAGGGUACUGUUAUUGAUCCUUUAAAAGCUCCGUUUAAAUAA